CAGAGGCGGUCCCGCUCACCAACACCACCUCCGAAUCUUGCGCCCGGGCCCUGAUCGCCACCUGGAUAUCCCGCUUUGGUGUACCAGCCCACAUUACCUCCGACAGAGGCGCCCAGUUCACCUCCAGCCUGUGGUCAGCUAUGGCCAGCCUUUUGGGGACUCAGCUGCACCACACCACUGCCUACCACCCACAGUCGAACGGGCUAGUGGAGCGUUUCCACCGUCACCUGAAGUCGGCCCUCAUGGCCCGCCUGCGAGGGGCCAACUGGGCGGACGAGCUUCCCUGGGUCCUGCUCGGAAUCCGCACAGCGCCCAAAGAAGAUUUGCACGCCUCGUUGGCCGAGUUGGUAUACGGCGCGCCCCUGGUCGUCCCCGGGGAGUUCCUACCAGCCCCAAGGGGGCAAGAGGAAGAACCCGCAGCAGUCCUGGGCAGACUACGUGAGAGGCUCGGUAACCUGGCCCCCAUACCCACCUCGCAGCAUGGGCGGCACCCGACCUGCGUACCCAAAGACCUGCUAAGCCAUCCCACUUUUCAGAAUUUAUAGGCAUGCUUCUUAGUUGCACCAUUGCUUUAAUGACGUUGAUUGCUGGUGUCGCAGUAAGUGAGGGGCUUAAACCAUGGUGCAGCUCGAUCACUGACAAGGGUAAUACUUCAAUUAGUUGUAGAGAUAUUCAAGAAGAAUCCCUGAAUCUGAAUGUGGUUUCCACUAUGUUCUAUGAUCACUUUGGCACUGCACAGUUUGCUCUCUGGUGUGCUUGGGUGGUGUGGAUUAUAUUGGCAGUACUUGCUCUCAUGAAGGUUUCUCAAAAUCGUGGUAAAGACAACUUUUCUAUGGAGUACAAAGAGGCACUUCUAAAUCCACAAACCCAGGGAUAUUUUCAUGGACAAGUAACCAAUGUAUUCAUUUGA